ACAAAUAAAUAAUCUUGACUCUCCGUUCAUUUGGCGAUUUGUCUGCGAUCGGCUGUUUAUUCGCUGUUUUCUAGUUUCUUGCUAAAAAUAGCGGAAUUUCGUCAUUUUGCCGAUAUAUUCCAGAAACACAAAGAAUAAUAUUGAAAGAUAGACGAAAAAUUGGGAAACUAAAAGUAACAAUAAAAAAAUAACUAAACAUAAAAAAAAUAAAAGUGAUUGAUGCCAGUCGAGUAAGUGCUCCCAAUACAUGAGUAUUACCCGCUUUCAAAAAAGCCACCAGCAGCGGCAUGCCACUUCCAAUUCGUAAUCCACUAAAAAUGGCAUUCAGUCAUCAAGCCAACACUGCUGGUUUGCUGGCCAACUCGCCACCUCGACGCCACUCCGACACGCCGUCACUGUUGGGAGAUAGAACUGUUGCGGGCGAUAAUUUGUGGCACAACUCUGCUGAUGGUGGCGGCAUUAUCAUCGCAUCAACUGCGGCUGCCACAACCAAGUCGCCAAAAUGUGACAUCGCAUUGUCCAACCAGAACAGAAAAAAAUUAACUUUUGACAUUGUUGUCUUCAUACUGCGAAGGCAGCAUACAAUAAAUACGCCCACACUUCAAGCGCUUGGUUAUUAUAGGGAGUAAUGGUAAUCUCGUCCGGAGGCGGUUUAGUAUAAACGGUAGGUCCAGCCAUCAGGAUACAAAAUCACAAGCUAGAGGUGGAGCUCGGCCGAAAAUCGCUUAUGCGGCUAUAAAGCACUAAUUAUA